ACAGUACACUUCGUUUCACUCCGUUCUUGGUACUUUUGAAAAUUUUAAUGUCACUACCGAUAAAAUGGUUCAUACCGAGUUAAUGAUCACAGAAAAACCUUCGUUGGCUAAAUCAUUGGUGAAGGCUUUAGCACCCUAUGGAAAGAAAAUCAACGAACAAUACAAACGAGGAUUGCCUAUUUAUAGUUUUACUCGCGAGUAUCGUGGUUCUAGACAUGUUGUCAAAUUUAUUUCUACUACAGGAAGAUACCAAGAUUGGAAUACUGACCCGGCAAAAUUAUUUACUACGCCUUUAGAAAAUCAAGAAGCUUCAAGUGGAAAUGUUUUUGAGAAUUUAAAAGAUGAACUUGAAGGCAACGAAGGGGAAUAUACGAUUUUCCAAAUAAUUGAUCUAAUUGAUGAAAUGAAAAAAACGAAAACCCUACCUACCAAUUUCUUACGUGCAAAGUUUUCUGAAAUUACUAGAUCAAAAAUACAGGAAGCAUAUGAAAAUUUGGUUUUACCAAAUAAAAAUGAAUCCUUAUCUGUACAAGCACUUAAAGAAUUUGAUCUUAGAGAAAGUCUCAUCACUAGAAUUUUCUUAUAUUAUUUUAACGGGAAACAUGGAAAUCCCAAUUUUCAUACAAUUUCUUACGGACCCUGUCAGAUACCUGCACUUUCUUUCUGUGUGGAUCGAAAUGACGAAAUUCAAAGAUUUAUUUCUCAACCUUGUUGGGAUUUGUCAAUUACUGUUGCUAAGCGAAAUGGCCGUAAAGUAAUUCUUAACUGGAAGAAAAAUGAAAAAAACAUUGAUGAUAUUACAAUGCUACAAUUACAAAAUAGAAUUAAAAAAUGUAAAAAAGCAAGAGUAAAACAUUUUUAUAAAACAAUAACUACAAAACAUAGACCUGACGCUUUAAACAUGGUUGAGAUGCUUGAAUAUUGUUCGUUGGAACUUGGCAUUGGGCCUUAUGCGGCUAUGUCCAUAGCAGAAAAACUAUAUGAAAAAGGCUAUAUUACAAAUCCGCGUACUAAUACAACUAUUUAUUCUAAGAAUUUCGAUUUCGAUUCAAGACUAGAAUCUUUGUCAGGUCAUAAUGAAUGGGGUUCAUACACUAAAGAGCUGCUGAAAAAUAAGCUUAAUAGACCAACAGGACACACAAUUGAAGGCAUAGUACCUGUGAAGUUAGCGCGUGCUGCUGACUUAAGUGAGGAACAGCAAAAACUUUACAACUAUAUAACUCGGCAUUUUCUUGGUUCUUUGAGUUCCGAUAUAGAAUUAGAAGAGAAACUCAUCAUUGUAGAGAUUGAAGAUGAAUCAUUCGAGUGGUUGAGAGUAUUAAAACCCGGUUUCACUAAGAUUAUGGAUUGGAGAAAAAUUGAUGAAGUGAUUCUAUCAGAUUUUAAAGAACAUGAAGUUAUCAAUAUUAUUAGCGUUGAAUUAAUUGAGGAGAAAAAAAGACCACCGGAAUACCUAAAAGAAAGCGAAUUGAUUAAAUUGAUGGGUAAAUGCAAUAUAGGAACACAACAUUCCAUACCAACUCAUAUUGAAAAUAUAUGCAAGCGAAAUUAUGUUAUGGUUCAAGGUGCCAACCGUUAUUUGGUUCCGACUGAUUUGGAAAAAAUUGAUCCAGAUUUGUCUGAUCCUAAAGAGCGAAAUAAGAUUGAAUUGAAAUUGAGAUCUAUUGCAAAUGGUGCAGACUAUAAGGAAGUCUUGAAGCCUAUACUAAAAUCAUAUGCUAACAAAUUCAAAACCUUUAGAAAACAGAUUGCGACAAUGGACAAAUUGAUUAAAGUGACAUUAUCAUCAUAUGCAACUUCUGAAAAAAUUCUUUCAGAAUGCGUUAAAUGCCAAAAGAAAAAUAAAACUUGGCCCACAUACUUGGAGUGUUCAGCUUGCAAAAAGGUUUAUUCGCAUCCAUAUAUGAAGCAUAUUGAGCCUAUUGAUGGUAGAAAAGUAGAAAUCUCUACUAGUCCUGCAAAUACUGUCUAUUCAUUAUGCGUAUAUUGCCUUUAUCCCCCGAAAAUUAAUGAAUUAGAAGGUUUGGUAAAGUAUUGCGAUCAUAAUCCAUGCAUACAUUCAUUAAUUAAUAAUGGAGUAUGUAAAUGUCCAAUGGAAUGUGGAGGCCAGAUUGUUUUAGAUACAACAUCAUCAGGAUUAGAUUUGUCAUAUUUGUCAACCCAUCAUAGGCCAAACAAUCAUGAUAGAUGGGGUCUCCGUUUGUCAGGAAAACCUUUACUCAAAUGGAAAUUAUCUUGUGAAAAUAAUAAUUGUUUUGAAAUAUUAUUUUUAGAUGAUGUUAUAGGUGUUUCUAUAUUGAACGGUAAAUUUUGCGAUAACGAAGAUUGUAUCUCACAACUCUUAAGGUUGGAAACUUCUAAACAAGAAAGUUUAGAAGGUUGUAUUUUAUGUGAUGAACACAUUUAUCCAUUAUAUGUAAAAAUUACCACAUUAACGAACGAAGAUGAAGAAUUUACUAAGAUUUGUACAAAAGCAAAUUGCUCUUCACGAAAGAUAAAG